AUGGGUGAAAUUAGAAAGGGAGAAUGUAUUAGCAGUCCUGGUGAUUGUAAUACAAAAUGGAGUGGUAAUAAGUGUAAAAGAUAUGUCAGUUUACCAAUGGGUGUAAUUAAAAAAGGAGAAUGCAUUAGCAGUCCUGGUGAUUGUCAUACAGGAAGGAGUGGUAAUAAGUUUAAAGUACCCUCUUCUUGCCCAGAUGGUUUUUAUGGUGAAUUAUGUAACUAUAAUUGUUAUUGUAAAAACAAAGCAGCAUGUGAUAAGAACACUGGUGUUUGUCAAAAUGGAGAUUGUGCCACGGGAUGGAUAAAUAUAGAUACUGUAGAUUCUGAUUGUCAACAAGAUGGCACUCCGAAAAUCAGACGUUUCCUCAACCAUAAAGUAAAUCCUGGUGAAGUUUAUACAACACAAUUCUAUUGUGAAGUCAGUGGAAAUCCUGUUUCGAACUCUGGUGACUUAAAGAUAUGGAAAUCUGGAACAAGUGACUACUUGACACUGACUAAUACAGGAAGUAGUAAAUAUCUUGUCUUUGUAAAUUCUACCAGUGUUAAUGUGGAUAUCCGGGAUGUAUACAACUGUGGAUAUCCAAGUAACGGACCUAAAGAAUCAAUCAAUAUACAGUACUAUGUCCUUCCUACAUUUAGGGUGAACAAUGGUCCAAGUGUAAAUGAUUUUAGAUCUGACCAGAUUACAGUGACCUGGAACGAAUGGACUACUGAUGAUAUUGGAGAUGGACCAGUUGAAUUUUAUAAAGUAUACUACAGAAUGAGUGAUCAGAAUGACUGGAUACCAGCAAGUACACUAAUCAGUGACACAAGUCAAACAAAUUAUAAAUCAAACAUCACAGGAUUACAAUGGUCUACUGAAUAUGAAAUUACAGUGACAGUUAAAAGACCGGGUCCACUUGGUGAAGGAAGUAAAGACGCAACUAUAACAGCAACUACAUUGUGUGCAAUCCCACAAAAACCAAUAAUUGAGAAUGUAUCAUCACCAGAGUUGAAACAACUUGAAGUUCAUGUGCAGGUCCCUGGUGUUAAUGAUAUAAAGUGUAAACAAGAUGGUGUGAAUGGUUACGUCCAAUAUAUUGAAUUGCUAUAUAGAAAGGAAGGUACACAAGAUGAAUAUGAAGUACAGAGAGAAGAUUACAAGAGGAGUGUGACUGAUACGGAAGUGAUCACUAUUACUGAUGAUUCAUUACUACCUUACACAGAGUAUGAAGUCAUUGCUUUACUAAGCAACGCUGAUGCUAAAAGUAGUUGGAGUGAAGCAGUGACUUGUAGAACAUCGGAGGAUG